AUGGAAAUUCCAGGAUUUUAUUAUGAUGAAACUAAAAGGAAGUAUUUUAAGAUAACAUCAAAUACUACAGUAUCUCAUAAAUAUAAUUCAAAUGUGAUUAAACAAGAAAAAAGGGAAAAUGAACGAGCAAUUAAAAGAGCUAAAUUAGAAGAUAGACAAUCAAUUUCUUCCAAUCCUAGAUUUAAAUUAAAAUUAUAUUCAAAUCUUGAUUUAAAAUUAAAUGGGUUUGAUUUAAACAGAAGGAAGUUUGAAAUAGAGAAAUAUUGUUUACAAAAUAUUGAAAAAAGAAAUUGUACAACUACAAGAGUUGGUGGUUAUCAUUCAGAUAAAAUUGAAAAAAUUAUUUAUGAUGAUUUAAAUAAAUGGUUUUCAUUUAGUAGUAAUAAAUCUAUUUAUGAAGUUAAAUUAAAUGAGAUGGUUAAUAAAGAUGGUGAUGAAUUUUUAAAUUAUAAACCAAUUAUACCAAUUUUAAAAACCACUAGAAAUGAUAAAAAAGAUUCAAUUUUAAGAGACUUUAAUAAUUUUAAACAAAGUGAUAAUACUUCAACAUUGAUUAAAACAUGGCAAGGAGUUGGAAAUGAACCUAGUGAAGUUGAAAUUUCCACCAAAAUUAAUCAAACAACAUUUAAAUCAUAUUCAAUUAAAAAAUCAAAUCGUGAAUCUUUUAAUACUUCAUUUUAUAAUAAUUUAAAUAAUAAUUUAAUAAUUUGUGGAAGUAAACAUUGUUUUAAACAAUCAAUGUGUGAUUUAAGUAAACAAGAUGAAGUUAUUUUCAAAGGAUUAGAUGUUUUAACUGCUGAUUAUAAAACUAGUAAUGUUUAUUUAUUAGGUACAAGAAGUGGUCAAGCUUUAGUUAUUGAUGAUCGUAUGAAUAAUAAAAAUAUACAUAAAAUUAAAAAACAGCAGCAAAAUUCUGGAAAUGGGUCAGUUAUUAAUAUUAAAAAAAUAAAUGGUGAUAGAGUCUUAUGUUCAUUUUUAGGAUCUAAAUUAAAACUUUUUGAUAUAAGAUUAGGUUUCAAGAAUUCUAUUGUUGAUUAUAAUUCUACCAAGACAGUUGAAGAUGUAUUUGGUGAAACACUAGGAAUGAUAAAUGAUACAAAUUUUAUUGUUCAAACUAAAUCUUCAUUUGAAAUUUUCGAUAUAAUGAAUCCAUAUCCAAUUAAAUCUUUAAAUAUAUCAAGAAGAGAAGAUACAGAUACAAGAAUGAAUAACAAUGUUAUUGAUAGUUGUGUAUUUACAGAUCAUCAUUCAAAGAUUAAUAAUGGGAUUAUAAUGACUAAUGGAGAAGACUUUGAUAUAUAUAGUUAA